CUCUGGUCUUAUAGGUUAGAAUCCAAUUGCAUUUUAUAAAUGUUGUUGUAAUUUAUUUAACACCGUGUUAUUUAAUUAAACAGAAAAAAAUGGAAAUUGGACGUGAAACUGUUUUAAAACUAUAUCGUAAUUUACUCAAGGAAAGUAAAAACUGGAAUUCUUACAAUUACAGGAUGUACGCAUUGCGAAAAAUUCGCCAUGAAUUUCAAGAAAAUAAAACAAUUACGGAUACAGAAAAGCUGAAUGAUUGCUUUAAUCAUGGACUGAAAUCACUGGAAAUAAUUAAGCGACAAGUUGCAAUUGGAAAUUUGUAUUUAACGCGACCUUUGGUUAUAGAAACUCAACAUCAUCAUGAAGUGAAUGAAAUAGAAUUGAAAUAGUUAAUAAAAAAAGAGAAAUUGUUUACAUUUUAAUUAAAUUAUCCAGAUAAAAAAAAGUUACACUGAAAAA